AUGUUGACGUGUUGCUGGACUGGGCCGCCUGUGAAUGCUUUGGGACGGGGCUGGGGCCCACGGCAGCACCGGCUACUCGUUGAGAAGAAGGGCCAUAUCAAAGAUGUCCAUGAACCUAGACCCAAACUGUCAACACUCAAUUCAGCCUCAUCCAUUAAAAAGUGGAUCCCAAGCAUCAAGAGUGAAAUCGAGUAUUAUCUGCAGCAGUCCCAGUUGUCUCACUACCCUGAGAGGAAGAUAGCAGAGUUCCAGCUGAGCAUCCAGGGGCUGGAGAAAGAGUAUAAACGCUUCAUCUGUAAACUGCAAGCCCUGGACACGACCUGUAAACACCAGCCCUGGACACCUAGAGCAUACACCAAGAGGAGAGCAGACACACACAUCUCCCCCAAUACCGCCAAGAAACUACGCAGUCUCCAGUCAUGUGAUCUGAGCAGGCCGGUGGGUGGAGCAGAGAGUAACUGGGUCGUUGAAAGUACAGGAAGUGAUGCAACAUCAGCCUCUGAGAACCAGGGACACUUCCACCAAUCAGGGACUUUCCUCAGCCCAUUUCCAGUUGACCUGACUAAUGCCAGCCCAGCAGCCUCAGAGUCCACCAAUCCAGACGAGGAUCAGGACCAGCCCCUGACCUUUGAUCGCACCCGUCUGGCGGUGGCUCUAGCUGGGUCCAGAGGCCCAUUACAACCACGGUCAUAUCACACUCAGAGCCUGGCCAGGGUGCUGCUCUCUGGGCUACCCAACCUCCACAGCUCCCCUCUGGGACGGGCCAUUGCUACACAGGACAGAGACAAUACAGGGGGAGAGAGAAUAGACAGCACAGGGACAGGAGGAGCCCAGAUCCCCGUUAAUGAUGAAAAGAGCACAGGGCAUGUACUGGGACUAGGCUGCUACUCCUCCUCAGACGAAGAAGCCGACACAUGAUAUGGCUCUGUUAUUAACACUGGAUCCCUGAUCACUACUCAGAACCCAAUCUGCCAUUCAGGAACAUUCCAUGCUCCAGUACUUGUCCAUUUGGCUCUGAACUCUAAUCAGCUGUUUUGAACCACAGGUUCUUUCUUUUCUUAUUGUACAUUAUGUAAAUACACAAUAAAAAGGACAAUGAUACAAUAUA